AUGGCUGCAUCAAGCAACAUCGACUGGAGGCAGAGCGAGAACGCCCGCGAGCACCGCACCAACUCCUACUCUGGCACCGAGCUGGUGGUGCGGCGGGGCCAGGGGUUCUUCGUGACGCUGAGGUCGCCUCCAGCCACCACCGGCCUCACCUUCACCGUGGACAGAGGCUCGACCGCUGCCCUGCAGGCCAAGACCCGCGUGGACUUUGGGGUCUCCAGUGCCCCCAGCAGAGGCUCCUGGAGCGCGGUGCAGGUCUCCGGAUCGUCGGUCUUCGCCAUCACCAGCCCAGCGAACACUGCCAUCGGGCGCUACCGGCUGGGCAUCAAGAGCAGUUCCGGCGUCUCCGUCCUGGGCACUUUCGUGCUGCUGUUCAACCCUUGGCUGCCAGAGGAUGAAGUGUUCAUGUCAGACAAUGCGCAGCGCCAGGAAUACGUCCUCUCGGAGUUUGGGGUCCUCUUUGCAGGGAGUGCGAACCGCAUCUCUCAGUUCGGAUGGAACUAUGGCCAGUUCCAAGCCGAGAUCCUGGACAUUUGCCUCUUUGCUCUGGACCGGAGCUUGAGCCACCGCAAGGAUCCCACGGCUGAUCUGCGUCGCCGGAAUGACCCCAAAUACGUUGGACGGGUGCUCAGCGCCAUGGUGAACAGCAACGAUGACAGCGGCAUCCUGCAAGGAAACUGGAGUGGGAAAUACGAAGGGGGGGAGAGCCCCAGCAGCUGGACGGGCAGCGUGGACAUCUUGCGCAAGUGGAAGAGCUCUGGCUUCAGGCCCGUCCGCUACGGGCAGUGCUGGGUCUUUGCGGGGGUGCUGAACACAGUCCUCCGAUGCCUGGGAAUCCCCAGCCGAGCCAUCUCCAACUUCAACUCUGCCCACGACACCGACAUGAGCCUCACAGUGGACGUUUACUACGAUCCUGAGGGGAACCCUCUGAACAUCGCCACCGACAGCGUCUGGAACUUCCACGUGUGGAACGAGGGAUGGUUUGCCCGCUCUGACCUUGGGCCCACCUACAACGGCUGGCAAAUCCUGGAUGCCACCCCCCAGGAGAGGAGCUCAGGCAUCUUCCAGUGCGGCCCAGCUUCCCUGACGGCCGUCAAGGAGGGAGACGUGGACCUGGUGUACGACACCCCGUUUGUCUUUGGAGAGGUCAAUGCGGACCGUGUCACCUGGCUCUACAAUCCCAGGACCGGAGAAAAAAAAUUGAUUUACUCAGAGACCAAAUCCAUCGGCCAGAACACCAGCACAAAAGCUGUGGGCAGCUACUCCCGCCGGGACGUCACCGGCGAAUAUAAAUACGCAGAAGGCUCGGACAAGGAGAGGGAAGUCUUCAGGAAGGCCCGUAGCAAGCUGAACCUGGACACCCUCUCGGCCACGUCUAUCAAGCUGCCCGAAGCAGAGAAGCCCAUCUCGGGGAAGUUCAAGCUGGAGAGCCCCCCAGAGGUCGGCAAGGACGUCAGCUUGGUCUUCCAGGUGACCAACUUGGCUUCGGAGCAGAGGAAGCUGACGGCCAACAUGACCGCCUGGUCCAUCAUCUACACCGGGAAGCCCAUCGGCGAGGUCUGGAAGGACACCCUCAAGAUGGACCUGGGCCCCCAAGAAGAGAAAAGCUUUCCUAUCAAGAUUUCCUACACCGAAUACCAGCGGCACCUCACCGCAGACAACAUGCUCCGUGCCACUGCCCUGUGCCAGCUGGAAGAGGGGCAGGACACCGUGGUGGAAAGAGAUAUCACCCUGGACAACCCCUCCAUUGCCAUAAAGGUGCUGGGCCAGGCCAAGGUGGGGCAGGCGACGAAGGUGGAAGCCAACUUCACCAACCCCCUGGAUGAGGAGCUGAAGGAGUGCGUCCUGCAGGUGGAGGGCAGCGACCUGCUGGCAGAGAAGCUCAAGAUGGAGGUGCCCCCCUUAAAGGCCAAGCAGAGCUCACAGAUGCACUUUGAGGUCAGUCCCAGCAAGAGCGGGACGAAGCAGCUGCUCGUCAACUUCUCCUGCAACAUAUUCCAAGACAUCAAGGCCUUCGAGACCGUCACGGUGUCCCCCAACUGA